AUGAGAAAGAAAUUUUUAGAUAAAGUUUUUCUUAUAAUAGUUUCUUCAACUGGUAUUAGUUUAGCUAUUAAUGAAUAAUUUGCUAAAGAAGGAGCUACAGCAAUUAUAAGAUCAAAAAUUAGAAAUUUUGUAGGAAAUGCUUAAGGAUAUGUUUGUUGGAAAGAAGUAUAGAUUAUAAUUAUUAUUUAAGGAGACUUAAGAUUCCAAUAUAAUUAUAGUAAAUAAAUAUUAUUAAUUUAGAUGUAUUCUAAAAAGCUAACUAAAAAAUGA